GUAAUCUCACAAAUCAACGAGUACCUCCGAUCCUCCUCCCCAAGCCAAAGGUCUAACUCGGCUUUUCCAGUUAAUACAAACUGUCCGGAAAAUGUCUCAACUAUGCUUAUACUUUGUCUUCCUUCUCUUCAUCUCCAUAUCCCUCAAAGUAACGUCACAAGACAUAAAUGCCGAGCGAGAUGUUCUUCUCGACCUUAAACGACAACUGGGCAAUCCACCGUCCAUUCAAUCUUGGACCUCGUCUUCCUCGCCGUGCGAUUGGCCGGAGAUCAACUGCACGGCCAACUCCGUCACCGAAGUUCACCUCGCUGACAAAAACAUCACGGUACCAAUUCCUCCGACGAUAUGUGGUCUUAAAAAUCUCACUUUGCUCGACCUUGCUUACAAUUAUAUCCCUGGAGAGUUCCCGCCUCUUUACAAUUGUUCAAAGCUCCAGACCUUAGACCUCUCUCAGAACUAUUUUGUUGGUUCAAUUCCUGACCAGAUUGACCGGUUAUCAACCCUGGUUUACUUGGAUGUAGGUGCCAAUAAUUUCUCGGGCAAUAUUCCACCAAGUAUUGGGAGAUUAUCAAAUUUGCAAACUUUAUACAUGUACCAGAACCUGUUCAACGGAACAUUUCCCAAGGAAAUUGGAAACUUAUCCAAUCUUGAGGUUUUGGGUAUGGCUUAUAACGAGUUUUCUCCCGUGAGAAUACCUCAAGGGUUUGGCCAGUUAAGGAAAUUGAGGUACUUGUGGAUGACAAGGACAAAUCUGAUCGGCCAAAUCCCAGAAAGUUUCAACAAUCUUUCCAGUUUACAACACUUGGACUUGUCUGGAAAUAAUUUGGAAGGUCCAAUUCCUGGUAGGCUGUUUUCGUUGAAUCUAACGCAUGUUUAUCUUUACCACAAUAAGCUGUCCGGUGAGAUACCCAGACCCGUUGAAGCGUUGAAUUUAGUGGAGAUCGAUCUUUCGAUGAAUACGUUGACUGGCUCAAUUCCAGAGGAAUUCGGGAAGUUACAAUAUCUGGACUUCUUAAACCUGUUUUCGAACCGGUUAACGGGAGGGUUGCCAGCAAGCAUUGGCUUUCUGCCUGCCCUGAGAGAUUUUCGUGUUUUUCGGAACAACUUGACCGGCGUUUUGCCGCCGGAGUUCGGCCUUCAUUCGAAGCUUGAAGGGUUUGAGGUGUCGCAGAACCAAUUCAGUGGUCAACUGCCUGAAAAUUUAUGUGCCGGAGGCGUGCUACAAGGAGUGGUUGCUCAUACAAACAAUCUCAGUGGUGAAGUACCAAAGUCGCUUGGGAAUUGUCGCACUUUACGCACGUUUCAGCUUCACAACAACAGGUUCUCAGGUGAGAUCCCUCAAGGUCUAUGGACAACUUUCAAUUUGUCGACAUUGAUGUUAAGUAACAAUUCGUUUUCGGGUGAACUACCGAGUGAACUUGCACUGAAUAUGUCGAGGGUGGAGAUUAGUGACAACAAAUUCUCCGGUGAAAUUCCAGCCACUGUUGCUUCUUGGACAAAUUUGGUCGUCUUUCAGGCUAGCAACAAUUUGUUUUCAGGUAGAAUUCCAAAGGAGAUAACGGCUCUUUCUAGCCUUACAACACUGCUUCUCAACGGUAAUGAUUUUUCUGGUGAAUUACCAUCUGAAAUAAUCUCGUGGAGACAGUUGACUACAUUAGAUCUCUCCAAUAACAAGCUUUCUGGUGAAAUCCCUGCUGCAGUUGGUUCAUUGCCUAACCUGCUUAACUUGGAUUUAUCAGAAAACCAAUUCUCCGGUGAAAUUCCUCUCGGAAUUGGCAAUCUAAGGCUGACUUCACUCAACUUGUCAUCUAAUAAACUCGUUGGGAGGAUCCCGAGUCAGUUCGAUAACCUUGCAUAUGAAAACAGUUUUCUGAACAAUGCCGAUCUAUGUGCAGAUGAUCCAAUACUUAGGCUGUCGGACUGUAAUUCCGAACUCCAUGAAUCCAAGGGGUUGUCCUCUAGACAUAUUUCCAUCAUUCUACCAUUCGUUAUCCUUUUUUCCCUAGCUAUCCUUGUGUUGAGCUUCUUCAUAGUUCAAGACUAUCGGAGAAAAAAGCGCAGACAGUAUCUAGCAACAUGGAAGUUGACCUCAUUUCAGAGAUUGGAUUUCACGGAAGGGAAAAUAUUGUCCGGUUUGACAAAUGACAAUCUCAUAGGAAGUGGUGGAUCGGGGAAAGUUUACCGAAUUAUCAUUAACCCUUCGAAUGAGUACGUUGCUGUGAAGAAAAUUUGGAACACCAAGAAACUGGAUUACAAGCUCGAGAAAGAGUUCUUGGCAGAAGUUGAAAUACUAAGCAGCAUUCGACAUUCCAACAUAGUGAAGUUAUUGUGUUGCAUUUCCAGUGAAGAUUCAAAGCUUCUGGUAUAUGAGUACAUGGAGAAUCAUAGUCUUGAUAGAUGGCUUCACAGGAAUAAGAAGUCGUCAGUGUCAGGGUCGGGCUCAGUUUAUCAAACUGUCUUGGAUUGGCCAACACGGUUGCGAAUUGCUGUUGGAGCUGCUCAAGGGCUAUGCUAUAUGCACCAUGAGUGCCCAACACCAAUCAUCCAUCGCGAUGUGAAGUCGAGCAAUAUUUUAUUAGACUCUGAAUUCAAGGCGAAAAUUGCAGAUUUCGGACUUGCUAAGAUGCUAACUAGGCAUGCAGGUUCUCACACAAUGUCCGUAGUUGCAGGAUCUUUCGGUUACUUUGCCCCAGAGUACGCAUAUACAACGAAAGUAAAUGCAAAGGUAGAUGUUUACAGCUUUGGCGUAGUACUCUUGGAGUUGGUGACAGGAAGAGAAGCCAAUAACAUAGAUCAGAAUAUGAACCUAGUCGAAUGGGCGUGGCAUCACUUCUCAGAGGAUAAGCCAAUAACUGAAAUACUUGAUCCGGAGUUGAGAGAAUCGUCUUACUUGGAGGACAUGAUAAUGGUGUAUAAGAUAGGAAUCAUGUGUACACGUGCAUCUCCCUCUACUAGGCCUUCCAUGAAGGAAGUAUUGCAUGCCCUUCGUAGCUGUUGUCCGGAGGAUGGUCAGGGAGCCAAAAAAAAGAUUACCGACAUCGAUAUGGCUCCACUUCUUGGCAGUGUCACUGGCACUUACCUUUCCAGUUACAAGAACAGUAAGAAGGGAUUCGAGGAAGACGACAGCGUGAUUUUCGAUGUCUGAUCGACCAUGUGAAAUGCCUGCUCCAUAUGCACGGUCACGUGCAAAGGAUUCACUUAUGUAGGAGCUUUGCUGGUUUAGUUCCACACCAAGAAA